AAUGCCAAGGGACAAACAACUUUGUCUCUCACUUCAACUCUGCUCCUGGUGGCCCCAUUGUUGCUGUUGCUGCUACUGCAAGAGAAAUACCUUGGCUUGCCUUGUGUUGGUGUCGAGCCUCUGGGAACCAUGCUCUGUUCUCUUUGGGAAGGCAGCUUCCUGCAGACCUUCCUUCUCCUCUUCCUCAUCUUCCUGAUCCUAGCGAGUUACAUGCAGAGGAGGCAGAGGCGUCCAAACUACCCCCCGGGCCCUCCUCAGUUGCCCAUAAUUGGCAACUUCUUUCAGAUGGAUUUUAAAAGACCCCAAAUCACUAUGCAGGAGCUUGUCAGGAAAUAUGGAAAUGUUUUCUACAUGGAAAUGGGAAGUAUUUCCUUUAUACUUGUAACUGGAUUGCCACUGAUCAAGGAAGUCCUGGUCAAUCAAGGCCAAGUGUUUAUCGAUCGCCCUCAAGUUCCUUUGAACUUUUAUGUCUUAAAAUCAUUUGGCUUAGUCAUGUCUAAUGGACAAGCAUGGAAAGAUCAAAGAAGAUUUGCCUUAAUGACCCUAAGGAACUUUGGCUUGGGAAAGAGGACCCUGGAACAUCGAAUCCAGGAGGAGGUCAGAUACCUCACUGAGGCUAUCAGGGAAGAAAAAGGGCAGCCCUUUGACCCCCACUUUCAGAUCAACAAUGCCGUUUCCAACAUCAUCUGUUCCAUCACUUUCGGGCAUCGCUUUGAGUACCACGAUCCUCAGUUUCGGGAGCUGCUGAAGAGUGUGGAUGAAGUCAUAAUACUUGAAACCACUUGGCAGUGUCAGCUGUUCAAUGUUUUGCCUCGGAUAAUGAGAUUCCUGCCAGGAGCUCACCAGAAGUACUUUCAAGAAUGGAAAAAGCUAAAGUCUUUUGUAGUCCGUGUGAUCCAACAACACAAAGAAGACCAGAACACCGGAGAAGCUCGGGAUUUCAUUGAUGCUUACCUGAAGGAGAUGUCCCAGGGUAACAUCAGCCCUAGUUUUAAUGAACACAAUUUAGUCUGGUGCACCCUGGACCUCUUCUUGGCUGGAACAGAGACAACAUCAACCACUCUGCGGUGGGCUCUGCUGUAUAUGGCCCUUUAUCCAGAGAUCCAAGGCAAGAUACAAUCUGAGAUCGACAGGGUGAUUGGCCAAUCCCGGCAGCCCACAAUGGCUGAUAGGGAGAAUAUGCCCUACACUAAUGCAGCCAUCCAUGAAGUCCAGAGAAUGGGUAAUAUUGUUCCUUUCAAUGUGCCCAGGGUGGCUGUGGUUGAUACCAUAGUGGCAGGAUACUAUGUGCCAAAGGGGACCCUAUUAGUGACCAAUCUGAAUGCAUUACACAGGGACCCUAAGGAGUGGGCUACUCCAGAUACCUUCAACCCAGAACACUUUCUGGAAAAUGGACAAUUUAAGAAAAAAGAAUCCUUUCUGCCUUUCUCAAUGGGGAAGAGGGUCUGCCUGGGAGAACAGCUGGCUCGGGCUGAGCUCUUCAUUUUCUUCACUUGCCUGCUUCAGAGAUUCACAUUCCAGGCUCCCCCAGACACCCAGCUGAGUCUGGACUUCCGAGCUGGCCUGACCAUCUCUCCUGCCCCCUACAAAAUCUGUGCCCUUCCUCGGGAAACUCAGCCCAAGGUUGGCCUGUAGGGGAACCUGCCUGGGGAGUAGGGAAGAAUCUGGACCAAUUUUCAUCCUCCAUAGUCAUACACACUGCCCUUUAGUGCUUAGGUAGGGAAAAGGAGAAAAGUUGAGAAAAGAAGAGAAAGAGACAAAGGGAGGGUAGCUGUGGCCAAAGUUGAGCCUUCCUGUUUAAAAAAAAAAAGCAUCAACACCACCCAAAAGAAAGGAUAAAUGGUUUUCAUUGGAUGUGGAGUCUGAAGGCUUGGAUUCAAAUCCCAGCUCUUCCACUUACUAACUGAAUGACUUAGGAUGCCAGUUAAAAUAUAUAUAUAUAUAUAUAUAUGUAUAUAAUAUAUGCAUCAGUUUCCGCAUCUGUAAAAUAAGGAGGAGGAUCUGCAAGAUCCCGCUUAGAUCUGAACCUAAAAUUCUGCAAUACUAUGAACAGAAAGAGAAUCACUGAUUUUCUUCUCCUAUAUCUAACAGUGGGACCAGAGUAUGUUUACUUUUUUAUUUGGGUGGCAAUUUUUCUCUUGUCCUUAUAACUCAUAUGGGUUAACUCGUCAUGAAUGGGACUUUAAGGAAGGUUUCAGAGAGUUUAGGGGAGCUAUGAGGCUUUCAUAUGGUAAUGAGAAGGAGGGGUUCCUUAGAGAUGGUUAAUGCCUUGUGGAUGGGGACUGUUUCAUUAUGUCUUUGGAUUUCCAGUCCCCAGCCCAAUCAAUCUUUGCUCAUUUUUGCAUUCUAAAUCAGUCAAGCAUUUGUAAAAGUAUUUUCAUAUUCAUUAUUUCUUUUGAAUUUUACCAGGUGAACAACAGUCAACUGAUGAGAUAGGUUUGUCUUUCCUCUUAAAAACUUAGUUAUAGGGGACAGCUGGGUAGCUCAGUGUGUUGAAAGUCAGGCCUAGAGAUGGGAGGUCCUGGGUUCAAAUCUAGCCUCAGACAUUUCCCAGCUGUGUGACCCUGGGCAAGUCACUUGACCCCCAUUGCCUAGCCCUUACCACUCUUCUGCCUUGGUGUCAAUAUUGACUCCAAGGCAGAAGGUAAGGGUUUUAAAAAAAACUUAGUUAUAGAUAAUAAAUUAUAAUUAUUCCACUAUCUAUUAUAGUCACACAGGGCAAGGAAUGUCCACACAUGGGGUAUCGCUAGUCCUUCCAAAUUCUCUUUUCCUAUAAAGAUGAUCUCAUUCUUGUUAGAAAUGUUAUACAAGAUAAAUAUUCAUAAUGAUGUUAUUCCUCAGCCAAUCAGAAAAUAUAAAAGACCAUAUAAACCAAUAUCAUGCUGAUGAAAUUAUUUGAAAUAUGAAGCCAUCAAAGCAGAUCAUUUCAAAACAGCAUGGAGGGUGUUUUUGGUGUUAUUGAUUGCUUGGCUUGGUUUAGUAUUUGAACUUCACAAAGUUUCACAGUUAUGACAGUCAUGAAACAAAGUUUGAAAAUGGAACUUAGAACAAGAAAGGAAUUACUAGAUUACAAACCAAGAUUUAAAAAAAAUAUGAAGCAUAAGUCAAUCAUAUUAGUUUUGCUAAAACUCUUAAUAAUAAAAAUAUUUUACAAAUA